GGAGAUGACGCGCGGCCGGCGCUUCCGCGUUGGGAGCCCGCGGCGGAUCCCGGGACGCGGAGACCCGGGGUCCCGGCAGCGGGGCGGCCCCCGGGCCCAGGGCGGGGAUGCAUCGCCGCGGGGUGGGAGCCGGCGCCAUCGCCAAGAAGAAGCUUGCCGAGGCCAAGUAUAAGGAGCGAGGCACUGUCUUGGCUGAGGACCAGCUGGCCCAGAUGUCGAAGCAGUUGGACAUGUUCAAGAGCAACCUGGAGGAAUUUGCCAGCAAGCACAAGCAGGAGAUCCGGAAGAAUCCCGAGUUCCGGGUGCAGUUCCAGGACAUGUGUGCCACCAUUGGGGUGGACCCUCUGGCCUCUGGAAAAGGAUUUUGGUCUGAGAUGCUAGGUGUGGGGGAUUUCUAUUACGAGCUGGGUGUCCAGAUUAUUGAAGUAUGCCUGGCCCUGAAGCACCGGAAUGGAGGUCUGAUAACUCUGGAGGAACUGCAUCAACAGGUGUUAAGAGGAAGGGGCAAGUUCGCGCAAGACGUCAGCCAAGACGACCUGAUCAGGGCCAUCAAGAAACUGAAGGCGCUGGGCACGGGCUUCGGCAUCAUCCCUGUGGGCGGCACCUACCUCAUUCAGUCUGUUCCGGCUGAGCUCAACAUGGAUCACACGGUGGUGCUGCAGCUGGCCGAGAAAAAUGGCUACGUGACCGUCAGUGAUAUCAAAGCCAGUCUUAAAUGGGAGACCGAGCGAGCGCGGCAAGUGCUGGUAUGUGAAUUUUGGAACGGCCCAGAGGAGAUGGGCCGCAGAUGGGUGGAGGUGGGUGGGCAGGUAGCCCUCCGGCAGAGACUUCGGCCUUGCAGGCUGCUGUCACCACAGAGAAGCCAGCCCCGCGUUCCCCUGAGGUGCCACUGAGUUCCAACUCAGAGGCAGGCUUCUAACUGCGCUGUAGGCAAGUCACCAAAACCCCUUGUCUCCCCGACCCGUGGAGCCUGGACAGACCGUUCCUACGGUUUGUCUCGGAAGUAACACUGUUAACACGGAGUGAAGGGAACGGUUACCUGCUUAAUUCCGUACCCAUAAUUACCUACUAUUACACUGUAUGCGAGAUAGAUACAGAUGUCGUGGUACGAAGGAAAGGCUGAUGUGAGGAGUAGCAGCAGGAGAACGUAACCCUGGCUUUUAAUACCUUCUUCCUUAUCCAGGCAAUUGAACUAUACACUGAGGUGUAGAGCAGGGUAACAUAAACGUCUCUUUAAUGCUACCGGCACAAGCGAGCAUGUUUCCAGCCGCCGGAACUGCGAGUCCCUCCUAAACUAAGAGAGUCCUUCUGUUAAUUUCUCCAUAGAGGUUCACCCACGAGUUAACGGGAAACGUAAUGACAACAGUGGUCUCCGUUCUGCUUCAGGGAAAUGGGACCGGGGCCUUGCUUCGGGCCAUGGGGCGGACGUCUCUGAGGCCCCACGUCCCUCCUGCGACGCCCCCCGCACCUUGUCUUUACCCUCUUUCCUAGCGGCACAGGUUAAGUGAUUCAGUGGCAUUUUUUGCACCUCAGGCCAAGGUCAGGGCCAAGGAGAACCCGGAAUUCCAGUUGGGUCAUGUAACUACGUGAAGGCACUCGUGUAGAUUUAGUCUGAAAACCCCACUGAAGCCAAAAUGGUUUGUCCGCCCCACAGGAACUCCGUCUUCAUAAAUGACUGCCUCCUUUUCC